AAAGCAGAGGAAUGGGAAAGCGCGAAUGAAACGAGUCCUGCUGGACUCUGCUUUGGAGCAAAGGAACAAAACAAGUGAACAAACGAAAAACAGAGCGUCUCUGUUUCCUUCACACACCAAUCAAUUCAUCAUAUCAUAAUUCAUAAACUAUCACACACGCUACCAACGCGAUUCUUCUUCCCAAACCAUAAUAAAGACUUCAAAAUUCAAUUCACAUGCAAAUUACAAAAUUCCUAAUUUACCCCCAUUCAUUCACCAACGCUUCUCGUAGAUUCCGAUGGCGUUGAGAACCGCUGGCAGAAAACUCUCCUUCGAUGUUCUCCGCCACCGUGACGACGACGACGACGCUGCUGUUCCGAUCAACAGAGCAGAAUCAGACCCGAUGCAAACGACGACGACGCAGAAGAGCCGCAAGCAGAGAAGGAAUAAGAAGAAGAAGGACCAGAAGCUUCUAGAAUCUUCUUUUGUAAAGGGUGCUGAUCCGUGUUCCUUCGUUGAGGAUUCCAGAACUCUUAAUUCGGAUUCCGUUACAUCCGAUCCGCAUUUUCCGCUUCAGAAUGGAAGCGCUUGCAACGGAUUCGAGCUCGAGCUCGUGGCUCGGAAGUUUUACUCCACCGGUAGCGUAACGUUGGUGGAGGAAGAGGAGAGUGCGGCGAGCGUUUGUACUGGUCCGGCGACGGGGUUUAAUUUUGGUGAACUGAGGCAGAGAGCUGUGAACAGUGGUAGCUCUGAGGAUUUAGCGAAUUCAGCUGCUGUGGCGGUUGACGGCGGAGGGAAGGAUGAUGGUGGUGCGAAGGCGAGUCCGACUGAGAAGCCAAAGCUGACGAAUGAGAAUGAUCGGAACGGUGGUGUUGCUAAGUUGGAGACUGUGGAAUCGUUGGAUUGGAGGCAUGUCAUGGUAGAAGAUCCGAAUUAUGUAUUUUUGGUGGAUAAAUCUCCUCUAUCGUACUUCUUGGAAGAAAUGCACAACGGAAAUUCUUUACGGAGUACAACAACACUUGGAAAUGAAAAAGAACGAGAGAGAGUCUAUGACACUAUCUUUCGCUUGCCAUGGAGAUGCGAAUUGCUUAUUGAUGUUGGCUGCUUUGUCUGCUUCGAUUCAUUUCUUUCAUUAUUAACUAUCAUGCCAACAAGAAUCAUGCUGACCGUUUGGAAGCUUCUAAAGACAAGGCAGUUCAAGAGGUUGUCUGCUGUGGAAUUAUCAGAUUUUGGCUGCUUUCUUAUUAUGAGUUGUGGAGUCAUUCUUCUGCAGCAGACAGAUAUCAGCUUAAUAUAUCAUAUGAUCCGUGGUCAAGGAACAAUCAAAUUAUAUGUGGUCUACAAUGUUUUAGAGAUUUUUGAUAAAUUAUGUCAAAGUUUUAAUGGGGAUGUACUGCAAACGUUCUUUCAUUCAGCUGAAGGACUUGCAAGUUGUCCACCAGAAAGUAUGAGAUUCUGGAUAUGGAGAUUUAUUGCCGAUGAAUCUUUAGCUAUUGCUGCUUCAAUUGUUCAUUCUUUUAUCUUAUUAGCUCAGGCAAUCACUCUAUCAACCUGUAUAGUUGCUCACAAUAAUGCAUUGUUCGCUUUGCUGGUAUCAAAUAAUUUUGCUGAGAUAAAAAGCAAUGUGUUUAAGCGGUACAGCAGGGAUAAUGUACACAGUUUGGUUUACUUUGAUUCUAUAGAGAGAUUCCAUAUUUCGGCAUUUAUCUUAUUUGUUUUGGCUCAAAAUAUUCUGGAGGCAGAGGGUCCCUGGUUUGAGAGUUUUCUUAGUAAUGUUCUAUUGGUUUAUGUAUGUGAAAUGAUCAUUGAUAUCAUCAAGCAUUCAUUCAUUGCUAAAUUCAAUGACAUCAAACCCACUACAUACUCUGAGUUCCUUGAAGACCUCUGUAAACAGACUUUAAAUAUGCAAACUGAGGGUGUGAAGAAAAACCUUACUUUUGUCCCCCUUGCUCCAGCAUCUGUGGUUAUUCGAGUGCUGACUCCAGUUUUUUCUGUAAACAUUCCUCCCAAUCCCCUUCCAUGGAGGCUUUUCUGGAUUCUGCUUUUUACAGCAAUAACUUAUGUUAUGCUUACAAGCCUUAAGGUCCUUGUUGGCUUGGGCCUGCAGAAACACGCCACUUGGUAUGUUAACCGGAGGAGGAAGCACCAUCUUCAUGCAGAUUAGGUUAAAAGGGAAAAAGUUUGUGUCUCAAGUCAAGGUGCUUCGCCAUGAAGGCCUCCAUGCAUGUGCCCGCCGAUCAUCUAUGAGAUGACCACAGGGAGAUGAUUUGAGAAGUCAAUUCUCAAAUCAUCAUUGAUAACUAGCACAUACAGGAGAAAAUUCUUGUUCAAUCUCUUGGUUUUUCGAACUUAAGACGAGCCUAUGAAUGGUUUCACCUUGCAAUUUUGAUACCAGGAUGAGGCAUAGUUUGAUGAAUACAGAAUAACGAUACAAGGUUGUAGUAUAGGCUGCAUGAUCCCAUCCCUUUAACCUGCAGCAGAGUUUCUAUAGUUCUAUACCCCUCCAAUUCAUACAUUGCCAUAUUGGACCAUACCAAUUGCCUUCAAAGAAAAUUUAGUUUCACACUUCUUAUUUUGGCCUCUUUCCAUAUGCCAGAUAUACACAAAUUCACAGAAGCAACAUACAUGCAGUGCUAUUCGUUCUUAUAAAAUGUAAAAAUUUCUACUUUAAUUAUGCUUACUAUAGGCGCAAUGUCAAAAUCCCCAGGUGGGUUCAUAA